AUGGCAUCUUCAAGUUCAGAACCCCGCCAAGUGAAUGUUUUAUUUGUCUGCCUGGGAAACAUUUGCCGGUCGCCCAUGGCUGAAGGAGUCUUCCGAAAUCUUGCCAAGUCCAACCCUGCAAUUGGUGAGAUCGACUCCGCCGGUACAGGCGCAUAUCACAGCAUGGAGCCGCCCGACUCCCGCACCAUGUCCACACUUCGCCGACACGGGAUCAAGAACUACUCCCACGCCGCCCGCAAGGUGACCAAAGAAGACUUCUUACAGUUCGAUUACUUGUUAGCAAUGGAUAAGUCUAAUCUACGGGAUCUGUUGGACGUUCGGGAGUCCGUGGUGGCGUCAGUGCAGCGCAAAUCCAACGCCAAGUCCAGCGCGAAGAAAACUCGGGCGGCAAUCGAGGUGGCAAUCGGUGAACAGGGUGCGCAUGCUCAGAUUGCGGAAGUCCGUAUGUUUGGAGACUUUGGAGCGGGAGGCAAGGUCCAUGAGCGCGUUGGAGGCGGCGAGGUCGUGCAGGAUCCAUACUAUGGCGGUGCCAAUGGGUUUGAGGAGGUAUAUGAGCAGGUUGUGCGCUUUUCACAAGGCUUCCUGGACCAUGUCGCUGGUUCAGAGGAGUGA